GAGACGCGGAGAAAGGGAGAGAGAGAGGGCACGAGAGAUCCUGCCUGCACCCCUGGCCCGCUCUGCUAAUCUUGCUUACCCUCGGAAGGGAGGCGUUCUGAAUGCUGGCUUCUUAAAUUUGACCUUCCCUUCUGACUGAGGACCGCUGGACUUUGAAGGAGCUCUCUGCUCUUGCCAUCAGAGACCCUAACCCUCAGGAAGAUGCAGUAUUUAAAACUAUUUGUUUGGAUUAAGAUCGUGGUUAACUGGAGGGUUCGUGAAGCCCCUUGGCAUAUCUGAGAGCUGAAGCAUAACUUCCGCAGCAGCUAAGCCCUUUGAAAGUGGACCGUUGCUGCCAGGGCAGCACCCCUGGGCGUGGGCAGCAGGAGGGCCCGGGCCUCCGUCCCGGCCUCACCCAGGAUCUUGAGCCCCCAGGAUCUCAAGACUUUGGCUGAUUAAAAAAGUCGUCCCUCUUCCUAAGGUGGUGGUGAGGAGGUGAUCUUCUGGAAGGAAGAAUUUCCAUAUUUAUUAGUCAACAGUGGAAAAUCUGAAGAGAUGCGAGCUGGAAAAAGAAACUAAACCAGGCCUGAAGAGCGAUGCGACAGGCAUGAUGGAGGUCGAGUCCUCCUACUCGGACUUCAUCUCCUGUGACCGGACGGGCCGCCGGAACGCAGUCCCUGACAUCCAGGGAGACUCCGAGGCCGUAAGCGUACGGAAGCUGGCUGGCGACAUGGGCGAGCUGGCCCUCGAGGGCGCAGAAGGACAGGCGGAGGUGGGCACCCCAGACAAGGAAGGCAGCAAUCAGCCCAAGAGCAGCGAUGGGACCACCUCAUCUUGAACAUGACCUUGCCCGAGGAGGCUGGAAGAGAGACGCGCCGUGGACGGAAAGCCCUGGCACUGGCCCGGCAGCCUUUCCGCUGAGCAAUGUGUUCCAGGCAAGCCAGGCCAGACUGAAAGGCAGCCCCAGAGGCUCCCGUGGCCCCUACCCUGGGAAGGCCCUCUGCCCACACCCCCAGGCUCCACGCUCCCACCACCUCCUCACUCGCCCGGGGUACACUUUCAAGACACUGUAACCACAGGAUGUUAUUUAUUCAGCAGGUGCUGGGACUUGGGGGCUGGGUCCUGCCACCUGGGUGAACAGCCUGGGCAGGGACCGCAUUCUAGCUCUGCCCCCUCUUCUCCAACCCAGCCAGCCUUCUGUGUCAGGACCUUCUUACCCCUUUUUUAAGAAGCACUUUUAAACUUUUUAGAAACUUUAAACCUUUUCUCAGCAGAGAGGGAGGGAGCUGACAAUUUACCUUUUAUUUUGGAAGCCAUUGUAAGUUAAACUUUUUGACCAUCUAUGCAGCUCUGAGGUUCCCUCAUGGAGCUUCACAGAUCUAUUUUUAGGGAAGGGAUCUUGUGCUCAAAACUCUCUGAUUAACUCUUUGCCCUUUCUACCAAGAUAAGUGACACCUAGGACCCAGGAAAUAAAUGCUGAUGAUUUGUGUGA